UAAACCCCUCGCAGCACCAACUGGUCAUUUCUUGAAGUUUGCUUCUAAAAUCUCCAUCCAUUUGUAAAUUCCAAGAAGCUCGAAGGAGAUGUACGCUACUGUAAUUCAGCACAGGCCAACAACUCCAUUUCAAUUGUCUUCAAGAACACCAUUUCUCAACCAAACUCAUCCCAAUCUCGUACUCCUCAGGCCGUUCUCACCGCUGCCUUCGAAUUACAGACCGAGGGUUUAUCGCCGCAAACGGCCCCUUUCCCGAGCGUUUGCCUCCGCCAAUCCAAAUGGCUCGGAUGCGUUCUCCUGGCUGCGACUCUCCCAGUCGAUUCGCCGCGGUUCGGAGCGGUUUUUGUCGAGAUUCGGUGAUUUCUUGAGGAAGGAAACGGGGUUUGAUUUGGAAGAGGCUUAUGUCAGGGUAUCUGGAUCUUUGGGUCCGAUUCGGGACGCGGCAAAGAAAGGCGAGGCUGAGUUUAACCGGUUUAGGUUUGAGUUAGUUCCCGGGUUCAUCGACUGGAAUAAAUGGGAUCGGUGGAAGGAUGUCAAGAACUGGGAUGCCAAAAGAAUUGGUGCCUUGGUGCUCUAUACUUUUGUUAUGGUACUUUCUUGUCAAAGAGCAUAUAUGGCUUUUCGAGCUCCAAUUAUAGAUCGCCAAAGAAAAGAAUUGACUGAAGCAUACAUGGAAGCAUUGAUUCCUGAACCAAGUCCCACUAAUGUAAGGAAGUUUAAAAAGAGCAUGUGGAGGAAGACAACACCCAAAGGCCUAAAACUGAAGAAGUUCAUUGAGGGCCCUGGUGGAGCACUUAUUCGUGAUAGUUCUUUUGUUGGGGAAGAUGCAUGGGAUGAUGACCCUGACUCUUCUCAGGACAAUGUCAGAGGAAUUAUAGAAAAUGACAUGAAAUUGAACACAAAGGAAAAGAAGGCCCUAAAGGAGGAUUUGGGAAUUUCAGUUGAAAAUCAAGAAAGUGGCGGAACAUGGCGAGAGAGGCUCCAAACAUGGAAAGAAAUUCUUAGGAAGGAGAAAUUGUCAGAACAAUUAGAUUCAUUAAAUGCCAAAUAUGUUGUCGAAUUUGACAUGAAGGAGGUUGAGAACAGUCUUCGUAAAGAAGUGGUGGAAAAGGCCACAAACACUCAAGGAACCAGUGCACUGUGGAUUUCUAAGAGAUGGUGGCGUUACCGUCCAAAGCUUCCGUACACCUACUUUCUUCAAAAACUCGAUUCAUCUGAGGUUGCUGCUGUAGUAUUUACAGAGGACCUAAAACGACUGUUUGUAACAAUGAAAGAAGGCUUUCCUUUGGAAUAUGUUGUUGAUAUUCCACUUGAUCCUUACCUGUUUGAGACCAUCUCAAAUUCUGGAGUUGAAGUAGAUCUCCUUCAGAGGCGGCAAAUUCAUUACUUUCUAAAAGUUGUAAUUGCAUUACUGCCUGGGAUACUGAUUCUGUGGCUUAUAAGGGAGUCUUUGAUGCUUUUGCAUAUUACCUCCAAGCGUUUUCUGUAUAAAAAAUAUAAUCAACUAUUUGAUAUGGCUUAUGCGGAGAACUUUAUCCUGCCAGUGGGGGAAGUGGAUGAAACAAAAUCCAUGUACAAAGAAGUUGUAUUAGGUGGUGAUGUCUGGGAUCUUCUGGAUGAGUUAAUGAUUUACAUGAGAAACCCUAUGCAGUACUAUGAAAAAGACGUAAAGUUUGUUAGGGGUGUUCUGCUGUCUGGUCCUCCAGGAACCGGCAAAACACUUUUUGCGCGUACUCUUGCAAAGGAAAGUGGGAUGCCUUUUGUUUUUGCUUCUGGUGCAGAGUUUACAGAUAGCGAAAAAAGUGGCGCUGCACGAAUUAAUGAAAUGUUUUCAAUAGCAAGGAGGAAUGCUCCUUGUUUUGUUUUUGUGGAUGAAAUUGAUGCUAUUGCUGGGAGACAUGCGAGAAAGGAUCCACGGAGAAGAGCAACAUUUGAGGCACUAAUUGCACAGCUUGAUGGAGAGAGAGAAAAAACUGGGGUUGAUCGGUUUUCACUGAGACAAGCUGUGAUAUUCAUCUGUGCUACUAACAGGCCAGAUGAACUUGACCUAGAAUUUGUUCGUCCUGGCCGUAUUGAUCGUCGUUUAUACAUUGGUUUACCAGAUGCAAAGCAGCGGGUGCAAAUUUUUGGCGUACAUAGUGCAGGAAAGCAGCUUGCUGAAGAUGUUGACUUUGAACAGCUUGUUUUCCGGACUGUUGGUUAUUCUGGAGCAGAUAUUAGGAAUCUCGUGAAUGAAGCAGGAAUAAUGUCUGUGCGGAAGGGACAUUCUAAAAUCUACCAGCAAGAUAUCAUUGAUGUGUUAGACAAACAACUGCUUGAGGGCAUGGGCGUACUCCUCACUGAGGAAGAGCAACAGAAAUGUGAACAAAGUAUAUCUUUCGAAAAGAAGAGACUUCUAGCAGUACAUGAGGCUGGCCAUAUACUGCUGGCACACUUGUUCCCAAGAUUCGAUUGGCAUGCAUUUUCUCAGCUACUUCCUGGUGGCAAGGAAACUGCAGUGUCUGUAUUUUACCCAAGAGAAGAUAUGGUAGACCAAGGUUACACAACCUUUGGCUACCUGAAAAUGCAAAUGGUUGUAGCUCAUGGUGGGCGUUGUGCUGAACUUCUUGUCUUUGGUGAAGACAUAACUGAUGGUGGAAAGGAUGAUCUAGAAAAAAUAACAAAGAUUGCUAGAGAAAUGGUGAUAAGCCCUAGAAAUGCAAGGUUAGGGCUUACUGCAUUGACAAAAAGAGUUGGACUGGUGGAUCGACCAGAUAGUCCUGAUGGUGAGCUGAUUAAGUACAAGUGGGACGACCCUCAAGUGAUUCCAGCAGAGAUGACACUUGAAGUUUCUGAGCUAUUUACUCGAGAAUUGACAAGGUACAUUGACGAGGCGGAAGAACUUGCAAUAAAAGGUCUGAUGGAUAACAGGCACAUACUAGAUAUGAUUGCAAAAGAACUGGUGGAAAAGUCAAGGAUAACCGGAUUGGAAGUUGAAGAGAGAAUGAGAGGACUUUCUCCAAUUAUUUUUGAAGAUUUUGUUAAACCAUUCCAGAUAAACUUGGAAGAGGAGGGACCCUUGCCUCACAAUGACCGUUUGCGUUACCAACCACUUGAUGUUUAUCCUGCGCCAUUGCACAGAUGCUGAAGCGCCCAAUGCAUUCAUACUUAUGAGUGAGAUAGUUGUAGCUUGCUAGUUCAGGAAGGAUGAGUGCUGCUUCUGCUGGCAGCCAAGCAAGGCAAUUCAAUCACAUACGCCAAGCAAGGCAAUUCAAUCACAUACGAGCUACAUAGUUGAUGAUAAUUAGCAAAUGAGCUCAAGGGCGGCUAAUGAGGCGAUAUUCCAACAAGACAUUUUGAGGCGAAAUUUUGUUGUCAUUUCCCUGUAAAAGGAUCUGCGAAUGUAAUAUGUAGAGCAAUUAUGCAGGUAAUGUUUUCACCUCUGCUAUUGUUUUCUCAUCUCUGUUGUAUUAUUGUUGAUGAAAUGAAAUAAUGUUAUUCCA